UGGGGCAGAGAGGGAGGGACCAAGCAGAGGAGAGGAGGCAGAAAAGGCUCCGAAGGGGAAGCGAGAGAGACGGAGCAGGAGAGGAGGACCCCCAUCGCUUUCGCUCUCUUUCAUUCGCUCCAUCACUCCAUCCCUUCUCUGCGGAAGCAAAACUCCGCACCGGAGGGCCCCGAUCCGCAGGAGAGGCGACGCAGCAGCGCCCUUGCUUUUUGCUCCGGAGGUUGCUCGCUUCCUCCGAGGGAGGCGAGAGGUCCCACCUGCGCGCAGCGCCUGCGUCUCCGCCUGCCGGCCGGUCUCCCACCACCGCCAGACAAACGCCCGCCCCAAAAUGCCCAACUUCUCCGGCAUCUGGAAGAUGAAGAGCUCGGAGAACUUCGAGGAGCUGCUGAAGGCUUACGGCGUCAAUGUCAUGCUCCGCAAGAUCGCUGUGGCUGCUGCCUCAAAGCCAGCCGUGGAGAUCAAGCAGGACGGGGAGUCCUUCUACAUCAAGACCUCGACCACCGUCCGCACCACUGAGAUCAGCUUCAAGAUUGGGGAAGAGUUCGAGGAGCAGACGGUGGACGGGAGACCCUGCAAGAGUUUGGCCAAGUGGGAAAGCAACAACAAGAUGGUCUGUGAGCAGCGGUUGCUGAAAGGCGACGGCCCCAAGACAGGCUGGUCCAGGGAGUUGACCAACGAUGGGGAGCUCAUUCUGACCAUGACAGCCGACGAUGUCGUCUGCACAAGGAUUUACGUCCGGGAGUGAGCGAGGCCUGCUUGUGGGGUGGCGGUUGGAUUUGGGGAGACAGGGGCAGUAGGGUCCAAUGGGCAGGGAUCUUCCACUCUGGGUCAUGGCAGCCCGCCCACCCCCCUGUGCCUGCCCUCCCCAUCACCCUCUCACUCUCUGCCCGUACUCAAAGGGCGCUACAUGCAGAAAGACAUAAGCAGAGCAGCUGGCUCUUCAUCACAUUCCCUCCGGCCUGGCAGGGGGCGGAUAAAGCAGGCUCUGUCCUUGUGAUGCCCCCUCCCGCCCCAUCAGAGCAGCCUUUUCCCCCUUCCUCCAUUCUUUUCUGGGGUCCAGCCACCCUUUUGUCUGCUAAGGGUCCAUGACCCCCCACCCCUUCCACCCUCGGGAUUGCAAACAGAGAAUCCCCUUGUUUCAGAGUCUGGUUGUGGGAUUUGGACUCAGACUGGAGGGAGGUGUGUGUGUACCAGAGUCCCCCUAGCACCGACCUCUCUUUUCCUCCCUCUUGUGGGCACAAGAUGGGAUAGGGUGGCCACAACCCAGUCUCCCUACCCCUGCACCUCCCAAGUAAAUCCCUGCAUUGCUGGGGGUUGGACUGGAUGACCCUCGGAGCCCCCUUCCAACUCUACUCAUUUUCCAAGGCUGCCAUUUUCCUGGGUCCCCUGACAUAACCCCUGCAUUCUGAGCCCCCUCUUGCUCAGCAUCUUGGGAAAGGAAACUAAAACCAAACAGGCUGUCCAGGUUUUCAUUUCAUUUCAAGCAGAGCACCUUGACGGCCAGCCCUGCCCCACUGGGCCACCGGAUCUCAGUUGGCGUAAAAGGUGUAAUUUAGCUGAGUUUCACCCACCAAACUGAGAUGCCUUCUUACCUCUGGACCUUCUGUGUUAAUUGCUAGGAUUAUUAAAAAGUAUUUAUUUGCUACCCUUGUACUAACAAAAGAAGAAGGAAAAGGAUAUAACCACUUCCUCCCUCCCCAAAAACGAACCCCACCACCACCACCACUUCCCUGUGUGAGCACUGGGUCUCUUGUUCAAAAGCCACCUCUUUGAUGUUUGUCUUCCUAAUAAAUGUAUCAUUAAAAAAGUGUCUACAUUUUUGUCUGCCUUGCCCUUUUUUCUUCCUCUUGAUUGUUUGCUUCCAAAGAUAUCCCCCCCCUCAAAAAAAAGGCCAUGCACAUAAACGGUUCAGUUGCACCCUCAAAAUCUAGGAAAGAGUCGGACCUCUGGGAUGUUUCACUCAGAAAGUGUUGGAAAAAGAGACCCUUGUUUUUGAAACAAAUCUGCUAGUGGCGUUUCUGAGCCCUGUAUGUUAUCCAGGGGCUACUAGCCAGGGUGUCUGUGUUCUGCCCACACUAUGGGAGGCAGUGAUGCUUCUGAAUCCCAGUUGCUGGGAAUCACAAACUGGGAGAGUGUUGCUGUUGCUGCUGGGAUCAGAGUCUGCUUGUGGUGUCUGGUUGCUCACUGUGAAAAGAGGAGGCUGGACCUGCUGGGCCCCCUUUGGCCUGAUCUAGCAGCAGCCAGGUUCUUCUGCUGCUCUUGGGGAGCCUCCAGGUC